AUGUCUCUCUCCUCGUGCUGCCUCAAGGGCUUCGAAUGGAGCGGCACGCCAACCGGCAAGGUUAGCAAACUCGGCGCCAACGACGUCUACAUCGCGGGCACCAACCCCGACGCCGCCAUCCUGAUCGUCCACGACAUCUUCGGCUGGACCUUCAACAACGCGCGCCUGCUGGCAGACCACUACGCGCGCGAGGCCAACGCGACGGUCUACCUCCCCGACUUCUUCGGCGGCUGGGUCGUCGACCCGGCGCCCUUCAUCGACGGGGACUUCAGCAAGUUCGACGCCGAGCGCUUCCGCGCGCUGAACGGCCGCGACGUCCGCGAGCCCGAGAUCUUCGCCGCGGCGCGCGAGCUGCGCGGCACCCACAAGAAGCUCGGCGCCAUCGGCUUCUGCUACGGCGGGUGGGCGGUGCUCCGGCUCGCGGCGAAGGAGCACACCCCGCCGCUCGUCGACUGCGUCGCGACGGCGCACCCGUCGCUGCUGACGCACAAGGAUAUUGACGAUGUCGCGGUGCCGGUGCAGCUGCUGGCGCCCGAGAACGACUUCACGUUCACGGCGGAGCUGAAGAGCUAUGCGUUUGACACGCUGCAGAAGAAUAAUGUACAGUUUGACUAUCGCUAUUUUCCGGGCAUCGAGCAUGGGGCGCUGGUUCGCGGGGACGAUAGGAAGCCGGGCGAGCGGAUUGCUAUGGCGAGGGCGAAGGAUGAAGCUGUGAGCUGGUUUAACCAGUUUCUGCACUAG